AUAUCAAUACAAGCCUCCUACUUGUGUCAGGCUCUGAGCUGGACACUCUACAGACCUCUCACUCUACUGCCCAAAACUGCCCAGUGGUGGUGAACAUAACUCUCAUUGUUCAAAAGCUUAAAACAGAGCAAGCAAGCAAACAAAACAAACCCUAAGCUUAAAGUUUCAGCAAUUUAUUUCCUUAAAAUCCUUCAAGUAAUAAAUGCAAUAGCUAAGAUUUGAACUGUCUGGCUCCAAAAACUGAGUUCUUUCCAUGAUACCAAACAGCCUCCAGAAUUCCUUUCUGCUACUGUCUGGGGUCAGAGAUUUUAAUCAAGCACCUACAGUAUGAGAAGCCCUGAAUGAAGCCUUAGAGGAAGAACCAUAAGCUGAGGCCCUUGGGGCUUCAGUCAGCUGGAGAUGAAUCAGAUCAAAUUUUACAAUUGUUGAGUUCGUCACAUAAGUAACAUGCCAUGCUAGACACUUUGCAGGGAAAGAGAGGAAGACCGUGGGACAAAGAAUCUAAAAUCAUAAUUUUUGCCCAUUAGACAACCUGCAGUAGUGAAUCAGACUGAGUAAAAGCAGGAGUCUUACCUUUUCUACUUUCUCUCUGCUUACUCUGUUCUCUGCAGCUGUAAAGCCUUUCCCUAGUUUAUUUUCAUCACCUAAAUGUCUGUGUACAUCUCAAAGCCUUUUUCAAUUUCCAUUUUCCUCUACCAAACUCCUCACUGAGUCCUUAAAUAUGCAAUGACAUGUCCCUUAUCUGAAUUCUCAUGGCCUUUUGCUCUACUAAGAGGCAGUAUAGCUUCAUGGUUAUGAACACAGAUUGCUUGGGUUCAGAUCUUUGCCCUUUCUGAAAAUACAAUUUGGGCAAGUUCUUUACCUCUGUAUGCCUCAGUGCUCUCUGUUAGAGGGGAUAUAUCAGUCAGGACUCUGUUGCAAAGAACAGAGUUUAUUCUUGCUAAUUUAAGCAGAAAGUGAUAUGUUACCGGAUGUUAAAUAACACACAUUUGAAUUACCAAAGAAAAAGACUCUAAUUUGAGCUUUCUGAAGAUUCCAGUGCUGCUUUAUAGAAACACAUCACCGUGGGAGUGAUGUGUUAGCUGCCUCUUCCAUAGCCAGGAAGUCAUCUGCUGAAUGGAAAAGCUGAAUGAAAUAUCAAGAGCUGCAGGAGCCACGCCCACCUUCCCUGAUUCAGCUAAUAAAUGCAUAUCCCAUGCCUGCCUCUUGACACCUGCAAAAAUAGUGACUGGUUAGCAUAGUUACAAGAAAAACCUUAUUGCUCUGUAGCCAUUUUUACAAGCAGAGAGAGCAAAGUGUAGUAGCCUCUGCCUUACUUUCUCCUUCCAAAUCUGUGUAGUACUUCAGAGUGGCCAGAUCUCAAUUCCAUCCAGUACCCUAGCUGCAAGGGAGUCUAGGAAAUGUUUCUGGACUUCAGGCAUGGUUGGGAUGAAGCUGGCUGCUAAUCCACCAUUAAAAACACCUAUAUGAGGUUAAUAAAUAUACCUAACCCAUAGAGUUGUUGUUAAGGACCACAUGAAAUAAUAAAUACAAAAUAUUUAGAAAAGCACCUACACAUGAAAGACUCUCAAUACGUAGCUAUUUUCCUCUGUCAACAUCUCAGAUGGCAGUCCUGGGGAAAGUCAAACAGCCUUUGAUAGAGUCCCAAAUUUCCUGCCUGCUAAUAACUUUGCUGAACCUACUUUCUAUGUAAGAGCACUGAUUUCGUAUCUGCAGAUUUGGGAUAAUAAUCACUCUCUACGUCCUAGAGUUUCUGUUCAUAUCACAUUAGAUCAUGUGUGAAAGGUGAUUUGAAAACUACAAUGAAUGCUCUAAUGGCUUUGGUGUUAAAUGGAUUCUAGGUGAGUUGGCAAGUUGCAGAGUAAUGCUCACGUUCCAGUUCUUCCCUUGAGAAUAGCAGUCUGCUUCCUAUAUUUUUAUCUUGUUCACCCUUACUUUAUUUUUCAGAAUUAGCCAGGGAAAUUGAACUUCACUGCAUCCCUGUGAGGAAAACAAGGCUCAGAUGCUGCCAUAACCACCUCCUUAAAGAGGGGAGAUUAGGCCUUGCCCAGCUCUUGAAAUCCUCCCAGCCCUGAGUUCUUUCCAGGAGACCCUGUGUCCUCUAUACACUGGUUUCUGCAGCUGAAGAGCCAAGCAAAGAGGCUCAACCUGAAGAAAGAGACAGGUGGCUCCAGAGCAAGACUUGUAACGAAUUCUCCCCAGGGAGAGAAAUACCGAAAGUUUAGCUCACUCUUUCCUGCCAUAAAGCAUACUGAAUGUUAACAGCUUGCUUCUGUCCAAGCUGGUGUUUUUUAAAUUAAGUAUUGUUAAAUCCAUACCGUUUGGAAUGACGCUUCAGACAGCCCUGACACUCUCUCUCUUGCCUCUGCUUUCAUUUCACCUAAUACGUUGUGCAUGAAGCCAGUAGCCAGUAUUAUUCGGCUGCCGUGGCUUCUGCUAGUGCUUCUGCUCACACACUUGCAGACGGCUUUAAUUUAGAUACCUGAAGAGGAAAAAAGGAACUCGGCCAACGCCCUGCUCAGAUGCCAUAAAGGGCCUUUCUCCAGCUGCCAUUUGUAUGGAUCUAGACUGCCUCAAGUUUAUGUUAUUUUUCCUAGGUGCUGAAAAAGUUUUAGAAAUGAGAAAGUUGAGAGCCAUAGAAGCUGGAGGCUAAAAUAAGAUACUUUCCAUGGUCAGGUAACAUAUACCCAUAGUAAACCCUGGUAGCCUACAUCUGCUGCUCUCCUGUUCCUAGAAACAUCCCCCUUCAACCACAUCACUGCCAACAUCUGAAUAUAUGUGUGUGUACACAUCAUAUAUAGAUAUAAAUGCCUCUAUAUGAAAAUGAGAUGAGGGUGGAUUUAGAGUCGGUGAACCGUGGCUCAAUGGCCAGUUCUAGCCAGUGAGGCAUCAGUCUAGUCAGUUAACUUUUUUGAGCCUCAGUUUCCAUGUAUAUAAAAUGGGGGUGAUUACUUUAUUUUUAAAAGUAGUCAUAAAGGUCAAAUGAGAUUGUAGAUGUAUAGUCAUUUUGUAAGCCAUAAAAAUAGCACAUAAAUUUUGGCCAUUAUCAAAAUUAGCUCAUUACCAAAACUUUCCCCCAUCACCUUAACCCGACUUGAUUUUGUUGUCCUUUUGCUGAAGUGAUAGUAAAUUUGUAAUUUCCCCCGCACUGUGUAACUCUGGAUGUGCAAUUGCUUUUCCUCCUUUCUCUGGGUAUUCCCAACAAGAAAGAAAAUGCUGUGAGGAAUCAGAAGCAUGAAACAGUGUGGUGGGCAUCCUCCAGGCAUUCAGUAGAUGAUUGAGGCCUUGACUUUAAAAUGGUGUAUUAUCCGGCGACUUCACUGAGGUGACCAUCUUUGCUAUACAUUACCAUGCCCAUCAAAACUCCAGGGCAGACAUUUCUGACUCAAAAUACCUAAGCAGUAUUUAUUUGCAAAGCAGAAAGGAAUCUUGUCUAGCAUAUAAGUGGUUACCAGUUAUUUUCUGACCGUGCCGAUUUUUUUUUUUUCUAUUUCUCUACAAAUAGAAUCUUGUCAUUAGCAUUGGUGCUACUAUUCCUUCUCCCAUUACCUGUUCUUCCCUUUGGAUAUGCUUAAUGAGCAGGGUUUAUGUGUGAAGAGGGAGGAGGUGGUAUUAGGUAAAAUGUUCCAUUAAUAGAACUAGUUGAAACUCUUCAGUUAAUGACUGUGAUAGGAGGGAAAAAAAUAAAUCCUUUAGCAGAAAGCUCUGGUGUGUAACAGAGAGACACAUGUAAUGUAGCUUUAUGAAUGAAAGUUUAUUUCAAUCAAUCACCUUUCUUUAAUGUGAUGAGGAUUUCAGAUAAAAACAAUAGUGGAGAGACAGUUAAGCAUUUUUAUAUCUACUUUGAAUACUCUUUAGCUUACAGCAUUAGCUAGUUUUUGAGAGAUUUGUAAAACUAAUCUUUCUGAAAGGGAAAAGCAUAUUUCAAGAAUAGGCCCUCUUUGUUAUGGAUUUGUACUAUCCAUUUUUCUAGGUCCACAUACUUAGGACUAAGAACAAAGGUGAAUCUUUGUAUGACCUUGACUUUCCUAACAGCUUGAAAAUAGGAUUUUUAAAGUUUCUCUCUCUUUAAUUGGUAUACCAUACGAAGUAGGUAAUCUGAAGUUGAACAACCUGCUUUUCUUCACCUUUUUGAAAAGCAGCCACAGCAGGUAUAUAUAUAGGCAGACCUGCCUGUAUUCACAUGCCCAUUAUGGUUUGAUCGGGUUCUCCAUAUCUGUGAGUUUCAUACCUCUUGUCAGUAUUUUUUUAAUAACGAAAGGAAAGAACAUUAAUUCUAAAUGCCUUGUACCUCCACGGCAUAUAUUUCUGAUCUAUCAGGAGAUCUGUAAAGGGAAAACAUCCUGGUGACACACCUAUGGCAAUGUAAGGCCAAGGCUUCUAUUUUGUUCUUUCAAAACUCAAUGAUUUCCUUUGUAGAUAAGGGGAAAUACAUCCUUGUUUGACACUUGACACUUUUCUAAAACUGUAAUAAAACCUUCCUCUGGUAGAGUCAAAUCUCGCUUGCUGGUGGAUUAAGCAGCUUCAGAAGCUUCCUGACCUUCUCGUUGCUGUUGCCGGCCUUGUCGUCAUUUCACUGCUCAUUAGCUCUUCCUUCAGGGCUGGACUGGCCUCCAAGGUCAUCCUGUCCAACCCUCUUGCAAUAGUGGAUGGAAAAAUGAGGUAAAACUCAGUUCAGCCUUUUCUGCCCUAUAGCAGCUCUGAUAAAGGAUGUGGGUGAGGUGCGGAGGAAGCCGAAACUUGGUUAAAAGAAAGUUUGGGGAUUAACUGAGGAUUUAAUUCAUGCUUUCUUUCUCUCCUGUGGCUAAAGCAGAUAGUUGAGAGUUGGCAGUGCAUCAAAAUCGGGCUGCUCCUCCACCCCAAAUUUCAGCCCCACUCAUCUUGGGGUCUUUGUUGAGGGUUUCUUUUUAAAGAGGGGGAUCUAAAUUUUUAAUUGUGCCUUUAGAAUUAGUAAAUCUUAAAUGCCUUAAAUUGUCACUUUAUAAAGAAGCAACUUGCUUUGUUGUUGUUUCCAAAUUAAGUCUUUAAUAACACAAAAUAACUUAUGCCACUCUUCAGGCUUAGGGAGGAACCUUCAGAAAAUGUAUAGCGUAUUUCUUUUCCAAGUCAAGAGAGAAAGUAAAGAGGAACUUUCUGGAGGAGAAAUAAAACAGUUGUACAGAACACGUUUACAGGGCACAUUAAGUUGGUUUUUGUCUAUGGUUCUUUCCCUUUAUGGUAUAUGUUAUAUAUUGACAGGGAUUAAAUUUCUCUCCUGAAUGGAACAAUACACAGUCACAGGGAGCUACUGUACUUUACAAAGCAACAGACAUCAGCACAGGCAAAUGGCAAAUAGAAAUGCAUCUCACAAAGAACUAACCAGGUCCAUGGUAAGCACAGUGCUUGGCUUCAUCUUUUGCAAUUCUGCAUCUUUUGCAUUUUUUUGCAUUUCCCUUCUCGCUGUGCUGCUCGCUCGCCUUUCUUUUUCGUCCUUUUUCCCCUUUUUUGCUCGCACUGUUACACUUUCUCUGUCCCCCUGGCUUUGUUAUUCAGCAUGUCUGAUUAGCAGGAGCCUGAUUGGCUGGCUGCCUGCUCCGAGAGAGAUUCCAUUCAGCUUACCCCCCACCCAUCCACCCACCCACCCCUCGGUCAGGAAAUGUGAGCGGGGCUGAUGGAAGCUGAUAGGCAGGACUGGAGUGUUAGCACCAGUACUGGAUGUGACAGCAGGCAGAGGAGCACUUAGCAGCUUAUUCAGUGUCCGAUUCGGAUUCCGGCAAGGAUCCAAGCAUGGAAUGCUGCCGUCGGGCAACUCCUGGCACACUGCUCCUCUUUCUGGCUUUCCUGCUCCUGAGUUCCAGGACAGCACGCUCCGAGGAGGACCGGGACGGCCUAUGGGAUGCCUGGGGCCAGUGGAGUGAGUGCUCACGCACCUGCGGGGGAGGGGCCUCCUACUCCCUGAGACGCUGCCUGAGCAGCAAGAGCUGUGAAGGAAGAAAUAUCCGAUACAGAACAUGCAGUAAUGUGGACUGCCCACCAGAAGCAGGUGACUUCCGAGCUCAGCAAUGCUCAGCUCAUAAUGACGUCAAGCACCAUGGCCAGUUUUAUGAAUGGCUUCCCGUGUCUAAUGACCCCGACAACCCAUGUUCACUCAAAUGCCAAGCCAAAGGAACAGCCCUGGUUGUUGAACUAGCACCUAAGGUCUUAGAUGGUACUCGUUGCUAUACAGAAUCUUUGGAUAUGUGCAUCAGUGGUUUAUGCCAAAUUGUUGGCUGUGAUCACCAGCUGGGGAGCACCAUCAAGGAAGAUAACUGUGGGGUCUGCAACGGAGAUGGGUCCACCUGCCGGCUGGUCCGAGGGCAGUAUAAAUCCCAGCUCUCCGCAACCAAAUUGGAUGAUACUGUGGUUGCAAUUCCCUAUGGAAGCAGACAUAUUCGCCUUGUCUUAAAAGGUCCUGAUCACUUGUAUCUGGAAACCAAAAGCCUCCAGGGGGCUAAAGGUGAAAACAGUCUCAGCUCCACAGGAACUUUUCUUGUUGACAAUUCUAGUGUGGACUUCCAGAAAUUUCCAGAUAAAGAAAUACUGAGAAUGGCUGGACCACUUACAGCAGAUUUCAUUAUCAAGAUUCGUAACUCGGGCGCCGCCGACAGCGCAGUCCAGUUCAUCUUCUAUCAACCCAUCAUCCACCGAUGGAGGGAGACGGAUUUCUUUCCUUGCUCAGCAACCUGUGGAGGAGGUUACCAGCUGACAUCGGCUGAGUGCUACGAUCUGAGGAGCAACCGCGUGGUUGCUGACCAAUACUGUCACUAUUAUCCAGAGAACAUCAAACCCAAACCCAAGCUUCAGGAGUGCAACUUGGAUCCUUGUCCAGCCAGUGACGGAUACAAGCAGAUCAUGCCUUAUGACCUCUACCAUCCCCUUCCUCGGUGGGAGGCCACCCCAUGGACCGCGUGCUCCUCCUCGUGUGGGGGGGGCAUCCAGAGCCGGGCAGUUUCCUGUGUGGAGGAGGACAUCCAGGGGCAUGUCACUUCAGUGGAAGAGUGGAAAUGCAUGUACACCCCUAAGAUGCCCAUCGCGCAGCCCUGCAACAUUUUUGACUGCCCUAAAUGGCUGGCACAGGAGUGGUCUCCGUGCACGGUGACAUGUGGCCAUGGCCUCAGAUACCGUGUGGUCCUCUGCAUUGACCAUCGAGGGAUGCACACAGGAGGCUGUAGCCCAAAAACAAAGCCCCACAUAAAAGAGGAAUGCAUCAUCCCCACUCCCUGCUAUAAGCCUAAAGAGAAACUUCCAGUUGAGGCCAAGUUGCCAUGGUUCAAACAAGCUCAAGAGCUAGAAGAAGGAGCUGCUGUGUCAGAGGAGCCCUCGUUCAUCCCAGAGGCCUGGUCGGCCUGCACAGUCACCUGUGGUGUGGGGACCCAGGUGCGAAUAGUCAGGUGCCAGGUGCUCCUGUCUUUCUCUCAGUCCGUGGCUGACCUGCCCGUGGAUGAGUGUGAAGGGCCCAAGCCGGCAUCCCAGCGUGCCUGUUACGCAGGGCCAUGCAGCGGGGAAAUUCCUGAGUUCAGCCCAGACGAGACAGAGGGGCUCUUCGGUGGCCUGCAGGAUUUCGACGAGCUGUAUGACUGGGAGUAUGAGGGAUUCACCAAGUGCUCCGAGUCCUGUGGAGGAGGUGUCCAGGAGGCGGUGGUGAGCUGCUUGAACAAACAGACUCGGGAGCCUGCUGAUGAGAACCUGUGCGUGACCAGCCGCCGGCCCCCACAGCUCCUGAAAUCCUGCAAUUUGGAUCCCUGCCCAGCAAGGUGGGAAAUUGGCAAGUGGAGUCCAUGUAGUCUCACUUGUGGGGUUGGCCUGCAGACCAGAGAUGUCUUCUGCUCCCACCUACUUUCCAGAGAGAUGAAUGAAACAGUCAUCCUGGCUGAUGAGCUGUGCCGCCAACCCAAGCCCAGCACAGUGCAAGCUUGUAACCGCUUCAAUUGCGCCCCAGCCUGGUACCCUGCACAGUGGCAGCCGUGUUCCAGAACGUGUGGCGGGGGUGUUCAGAAACGCGAGGUUCUUUGCAAGCAGCGCAUGGCUGAUGGCAGCUUCCUGGAGCUUCCGGAGACCUUCUGUUCAGCUUCAAAACCAGCCUCCCAGCAAGCAUGCAAGAAAGAUGACUGUCCCAGCGAGUGGCUUCUCUUGGACUGGACAGAGUGUUCCACAAGCUGUGGGGAAGGCACUCAGACUCGAAGUGCUAUUUGCCGAAAGGUGCUGAAAACCGGGAUCUCAACUGCUGUCAAUUCCACCCUGUGCCCGCCCCUGCCUUUCUCUUCCUCCAUCAGGCCCUGUAUGCUGGCAACCUGUGCAAGGCCCGGGCGGCCGUCCACGAAGCACAGCCCGCACAUCGCGGCCGCCAGGAAGGUCUACAUCCAGACUCGCAGGCAGAGGAAGCUGCACUUCGUGGUGGGGGGCUUCGCCUACCUGCUCCCCAAGACGGCAGUGGUGCUGCGCUGCCCAGCGCGCCGGGUCCGCAAGCCCCUCAUCACCUGGGAGAAGGACGGCCAGCACCUCAUCAGCUCCACGCACGUCACGGUGGGCCCCUUCGGCUACCUCAAGAUCCACCGCCUCAAGCCCUCGGAUGCGGGGGUCUACACCUGCUCCGCGGGCCCGGCCCGGGAGCACUUUGUGAUUAAGCUCAUCGGAGGCAACCGCAAGCUCGUGGCCCGGCCCUUGAGCCCGAGGAGUGAGGAGGAGGCGCUCGCGGGGAGGAAGGCCGGCCCGAAGGAGGCCCUGCAGACCCACAAACACCAGAACGGGAUCUUCUCCAACGGCAGCAAGGCGGAGAAGCGGGGCCUGGCCGCCAGCCCGGGGAGCCGCUACGACGACCUCGUCUCCCGGCUGCUGGAGCAGGGCGGCUGGCGCGGAGAGCUGCUGGCCUCGUGGGAGGCGCCGGAGUCGGCGGAAAGGAACGCGACCUCGGAGGAGGACUCGGGCGCGGAGCAAGCGCUCCUGCACCUGCCCUUCACCGUGGUGACCGAGCAGCGGCGCCUGGACGACAUCCUCAGGAACCUCUCCCAGCAGCCCGAGGAGCUGCGCGACCUCUACAGCAAGCACCUGGUGGCCCAGCUGGCCCAGGAGAUCUUCCGCAGCCACCUGGAGCACCAGGACACACUUCUGAAGCCCUCGGAGCGCAGGACUCCCCCCGUGGCGGUCUCGCCUCAUAAACACGUGUCUGGCUUCAGCAGCUCCCUGCGGACCUCCUCCGCCGGGGAUGCCGGGGGCGGCUCUCGCAGGCCGCACCGCAAGCCCACCAUCCUGCGCAAGAUCUCCGCGGCCCAGCAGCUCUCAGCCUCGGAGGUGGUCACCCACCUGGGGCAGACAGUGGCCCUGGCCAGCGGGACACUGAGUGUUCUUCUGCACUGCGAGGCCGUCGGCCACCCAAGGCCUACCAUCAGCUGGGCCAGGAAUGGAGAAGAAGUUCAGUUCAGUGACAGGAUUCUUCUACAGUCAGAUGACUCCUUACAGAUCUUGGCACCAGUGGAAGCAGAUGUGGGUUUCUACACUUGUAAUGCCACCAAUGCCCUGGGAUCCGACUCUGUCUCCAUUGCAGUCACAUUAGCAGGAAAGCCACUAGUGAAAACGUCACGAAUGACCAUGAUCAACAUGGAGAAGCCUGCAGUCACAGUCGAUAUAGGAAGCACCAUCAAAACAGUGCAGGGAGUGAAUGUGACAAUUAACUGCCAGGUUGCAGGAGUACCUGAAGCUGAAGUCACUUGGUUCAGGAAUAAAAGCAAACUGGGUUCCCCCCACCAUCUGCAUGAAGGCUCCUUGCUGCUCACAAACGUGUCAGCCUCAGAUCAGGGCGUAUACUCCUGCAGGGCGGCCAAUGUUCAUGGAGAGCUGACUGAGAGCACCCAGCUGCUGAUCCUAGAUCCCCCCCAAGUCCCCACACAGUUGGAAGACAUCAGGGCCUUGCUCGCAGCCACUGGACCAAACCUUCCUUCAGUGCUGACGUCUCCUCUGGGAACACAGCUGGUCCUGGAUCCUGGGAAUUCUGCUCUCCUUGGCUGCCCCAUCAAAGGUCACCCUGUCCCUAAUAUCACCUGGUUUCAUGGUGGUCAGCCAAUUGUCACUGCCACAGGACUGACGUAUCACAUCUUGGCAGCUGGACAGAUCCUUCAAGUUGCAAACCUUAGUAGUGGGUCUCAAGGGGAAUUCAGCUGCCUUGCUCAGAAUGAGGCAGGGGUGCUCAUGCAGAAGGCAUCUUUAGUGAUCCAAGAUUACUGGUGGUCUGUGGACAGACUAGCAACAUGUUCUGCCUCCUGUGGUAACCGGGGGGUCCAGCAGCCCCGCUUGAGGUGCCUGCUCAACAGCACAGAAGUCAACCCUGCCCACUGCGCAGGGAAGGUUCGCCCUGCGGUGCAGCCCAUCGCAUGCAAUCGUCGAGACUGCCCUUCUCGGUGGAUGGUUACCUCAUGGUCUGCCUGUACCCGGAGCUGUGGGGGAGGUGUCCAGACCCGCCGAGUAACCUGUCAGAAGCUGAAAGCCUCUGGGAUCUCCACCCCUGUGUCCAAUGACAUGUGCACCCAGCUUGCCAAGCGGCCUGUGGACACCCAGGCCUGUAACCAGCAGCUGUGUGUGGAGUGGGCCUUCUCCAGCUGGGGCCAGUGCAGUGGGCCUUGCAUCGGGCCUCACCUAGCUGUGCAACACAGACAAGUCUUCUGCCAGACACGGGAUGGCAUCGCCUUACAAUCAGAGCAGUGCAGCGCCCUUCCAAGGCCCGUGAGCACCCAAAACUGCUGGUCCGAGGCCUGCAGCGUACACUGGAGGGUCAGCCUAUGGACGCUGUGCACGGCUACCUGCGGCAACUACGGCUUCCAGUCCCGGCGUGUGGAGUGUGUGCAUGCCCGCACCAACAAGGCAGUGCCUGAGCACCUGUGCUCCUGGGGGCCCCGGCCCGCCAACUGGCAGCGCUGCAACAUCACCCCAUGUGAAAACAUGGAGUGCAGAGAUACCACCAGGUACUGUGAGAAGGUGAAACAGCUGAAACUCUGCCAACUCAGCCAGUUUAAAUCUCGCUGCUGUGGAACUUGUGGCAAAGCGUGAAGACGGGGCAGGGGGAAGACCUCCACCCUGGCCACACGAAGGACUCACGCAACCACCUCGGACAGAACCUAAGCUUUCUUCAUUUUAUUUAUUUAUUUCCCUCCCCACCCCACACACACCCUUUCAACCUCCUCCACCCUCAAGCAUGAGGACGUCCACAUGUUUUCUUUUUCAAUUAGCUGGAGGACAGGAUGUUGGGAAAGGAGAGGACAGGUGUCUAAAGGAGGUUGCAGAGCAGGCCAGGCAGACAGCGGGGGCUUCCUUGAAGAGCUUCCUCCCUCCCAAACCUGGGUCUCAGACCCAGGAAGAGGCAGAAACAGCCCCUGGGGACAGCAGGGAUCCAGAGGUUUGUAGCCUGUUGAUGCAAACAUUGGACAAACACCUGUGUCUUUCCUAGAAGCACACUAUCAGAAAUGCAGGAGUGUGCUGCUCCUUUGUCUCCUCUUUCUCCAUCUGUCCCUUUAGUCACGGUUAGGACAAACGAGGACGGGAAGGGGACACCACGCAGAGGCAGAAACUAGCCCAGAACUCAGUUGUUCCAGUGGUGAGUUGCAGAGAGAGGAGAACUCAAAUCACCGACAGGGAGAGGUAAAAAAGGAAUCAAUCAGAGCAGGCCUAAGGCUCACAAUGUUGCAGAAAUAAAUAAGGGAGGGGAGGGAAGGGACAGAAGCAAACAGGUGCGCAGGGGUGUCCAGGCUGCAUGAGGCUCACGGACAGGCUCUGAUCCCAUGCAUGCACGCAUGCUCAGAGCGCUGUUGGCCACGACAGAGCACCGCGCCGCAUGGGAGUCCCCACUCCCCAGGCUAUCAGAGUCAACGUCCUGUCUGUGCUGCUGCGGCAAAGCCAGCGAGAGGUGCAUCUGGCCGUGCAGUAAGGCCACCCUGGCACCUGUUUAUCUAAAUCAGGAGUCCUCCAGCCCUGCACUAACUGCGGCUGUGGGCCAGGGCCAUUUUGAGCAUGAAUGGGCCAGGCUUUCUGCCUUCUAGGACUUUUGCUGUUCCACCAAAGGGCCAGGGACAAGGCUCAAUUUGUCAGCAUCAACCCAUUAACUAAUCACUUUGCCAGAGAGUAUCUGCCAGGCUUUCAGGUUGUAGCAGCCUCUUCAUUCCACAGCUGGCCAGGGACCGGGGUGGGAUGGUGAGUUUAUGAAUGCCUGCGAUACACCCUCCCUCUCCCAUCUACCACCCUGGGGUCUGCAGGCCCUGUCACAGCACAGUGAGACCUGCUGCAUGUAGUAUUUAUCUAGCAAGGCAGGGCGGGGGAGGCAGCACCCUGGCAAAGCAGUUCAUACACUGCAGCCACACUCAUCAGCUGUGGCAAGGCAGCUGGAGCAAAGUCAAGCAGCAAAAUGAACACUCUGGGACUCCUUGGCAAAAUGCUCAUUAAGCUGAGCAGCUUUGGCCAAGUAAUUUUUGCCUCUUUCCCCACUAGUGGCCUCAGUUUAGGACCAAGGGCGGCCAGAGUCACUUACCCUCAGAUAAGCCUCCCCAUGAAAUGCCAUUCACCCCAGGGCUUGACAUUAGGGCUGCAUUUUCCAGCCAGCCUGGAAGUAAAAUUUGAGGGGAAGACAGUAUUAAUCUGUGUCCCCCCCACCCCAGUGAGCUGUGGACAGUUAAGUUGGGUCUCUUGCUUCCUCACCACAAAAAUAGGCUCUAAGAAAUCAUAUUACUAAAAAUCAGUGUAAUGUCUGUUUAAAAUAAAAGAGAAUGUUUUCUAUGUCUGUAUAUCUUUUGUGAAUAUUAGGAGUUCUUGUAUUAAAAAGUGUAAUAUUAAUAAUUGUACAUUGUCAUCCAGAGAACUCUUGGGGGGACUUUAUUAACUUUCUGCGGUUGUGUUCCUGUAAACUUGGUAGUGAUUAUUAUAUUUUUUCCUAUUUUUUAAUAGAACCUGGUGUUUAACUCUGGAUCCAUUCACUGUGUACAGGAUAUGUUGUAAAAACUAAUAUGGGAUGCUGUGGCAGUAAGAGGGGAUUCAUUUGUGGCACAAUAGUUCAUGGAAUGAUGAAGACAAAUUCCACACUACUACUAACGUGGUUAAUUAUUUCUAGUUCAAUAGCGAUUGAAAAUCAGUGGUCACUAUUUACAUUUCCUACCAGCAAGCAGCCGCCAGCUCUGUGUUGGGUUGGAGCAGUUGGCAGUGGGUCUCAGUGAGCUGGCAGAGCCUAGGUUUGGGUGGGAGGCAGAGUGCUCCUUGCAUGAGAUGAAUGUACAUUUAAUGUUUGUUCUGUGAAUUACAACUCAGCAGCACCACAAGACUAUGAAGGCUGCUGGCUAAUGUGGAAGGAGGCACUUUCUCCUCUAAAACACAAAACUGUAUUUAUAUUUUUUGUACAGAUAAUACAGCUUAUUUAUUUAAAUC